AUGCGAAAAUACUGGAACAAGCCGAAAGGCGACCAUAGAAACCGCAUAGCUGUCAACCCCAUGAUAUUCCUGUACAUCAGAAGUCAGAAGGUAAUGUUUUACACAUCUAUAGCAAAGUGUUAUCUCGGAGACUAUGCAGAUAUAAACAAGCCAUAUUGGAAGCUGGCAUCAACUGCGAUAAUGAUGAAAUCUCCAGAAUGUGCUCUUUUACUGCUGAUAUGCAUUUUCGGGUUCCAUAACACGAUUCAGGGUGCUUUGAACCAGGUGAAAUAUGAACUACACGAAGGGGAUAUAAUCUUGAACCGCCAGCAAACAAGAUUGAUAGAGAAAACACUCAAAUCAAAGAAUCAACGAAACAGAUCAAAACGAAAAAUUAUUCCUUUUCGAAUAUUCAAGGAAAGUAAAUGGACAUUUCCUAUAAAGUACAAGUUCAACUAUUAUCCACUAAAUGGUGGCGAAAGAUGGAAGGCAGCUAUUCGUAAGGCAAUUUAUAAAUGGGAGAAUACAACAUGUAUACGCUUUCAAGAAGUACUCGAUCAUGAAGAAGAACCAAAGUCACCGUAUAUUUCAUUUACUAAUUCACAGAGUGGUUGUUUUUCAUAUGUUGGACGUCAACCUAAUGUAGUGCCACAACCAAUCAAUUUUGACGACGGCUGCUUGAAUUCGUCUGGUACAUUGGAACAUGAGAUAGCACACGCUUUGGGGUUUUGGCAUGAGCAUGCUCGACCCGAUAGGGAUCAAUAUGUAAGAAUUAAUUCCAAGAACAUCGUAAAAACGUUAGAAAGCAACUUUCUGAAGGUCCCAGGAGUUCAAAGCGAGACAUAUGGCGUCGAAUAUGACUAUUCGUCUGUAAUGCAUUAUCAUGAAAAGGCAUUCAGUAACCAAGGUGUCACGCUGGUAGCUCUAGACGACCUCUACCAAAGCACCAUGGGACAGAGGGUUGGUUUAUCGUUUGCUGAUAUUAAAGUUGCAAAUAUCGCAUAUAAAUGCAAUUGGAAUUGUAGACCGUUACCUGUUGGUAAGAGUUGUAAAUGGGGCGGUUAUGUUGAUCCGAAUAACUGUAGCCAGUGUGUGUGUCCUGAUGGUUUUGGAGGGAGGUAUUGUGAUGGUAUUGAGAGUGGAAAACCAGAUGAGUGUAGUGGUUUUCUAAAUGCUACCAUAGAACCACAGUUGAUAACUUCACCAGACUACCCGAGGCAUUAUCAAGAUUUCCAACACUGUAAUUGGAGAAUUAUUGCACCAAAGGGUUGCAGAAUAGUUCUGAGAUUCGUUGACUAUUUCGAGAUAUUUUGCAAAAAUGAUGUCUGUUAUCAUUGGUUGGAAAUAAAAUACACGAAAUCACUGGGACUUCCAGGUCCAAGGUUUUGCUGUAAACCAGAAAAGAUGCCAGAGGCUUUAAUAUCCAAAACGAAUGAGGCUGUUGUCCUUUUUAGAAGCGACUAUAAAAGUGAAACGACGCAUCGCGGAGGAUUUAAAUUGGAAUACUCAUUACAAUUACCAGAUUCGUCUUGUGAAGCAGCAUUGGGUUUGACCACGACUUUAACAACUAAAACUUCUGCCCCAACAGUUCCAGACAUAUCUAACCACACGGAUGGCAAUAUAACAACGGGCGAUCAAACUCCUCCAAGAACCACACCAUCAAGACGAACAAAACCAACAGCACCACCGGUGGAAGACCAACUAUGCGGGGGUUGCACAGGUCCUCCUAAUUCAAUUCAACCAAAAUGUGAAACAGAGUCGAAAUGUAAACUACCAAGUGGUUUAAAGGUUGACUGCAAAAAGAUGUCAUGUUGUAAAAAUGCUAGAGCAGUAAACAGCACGCAUUGCCAAGUUCCAACGUGCCGAAAUUGGGACCCUUGGUCAAUAUGCUCGAGGAGUUGUGGUGCCUGUGGGAUACAAAUAAGAUAUAGAACAUGUAUCUACAAAAAUCCAGAUCUAGAAUUUCAAGGAUCCCAAGAACGUGUAUGUAAAACGCAAGUUUGUAAACCUGAGUGUGAGGAGAAAGUUUUAUGUAAAUUACUAAGGCCUUGGAACGAACAGCACUUGUGCGAAAGACUUUGUAAGCCUUGUUGCAAGCCAUAUACUGAAGAAGAUGGCCAGUGUGUCAUGUAAGCUAACGAAGUUAACCCAAAGACAGCACCAGAUGAUAGUAGCAUCAUUGAUUAUCAAGGAGGAUGUGCUCCCAGGAUCCAAACACGAUAUUUUCCAACAAUGAAAAC